GAGAAGAUGGCGGCUUACCUGCAGUGGCGGCGCUUCGUUUUCUUUGACAAGGAGCCGGUCCGGUUCCCCGGGGACGCUGCGGCUCCUCUCACAUUGCCGACCGGCUUGACAGUGUGUGACUCCGGUCGCGGCAGCCUGCUGUUCGGAGAUAUGACGGGACAGAUCUGGUUCCUGCCUCGAUCUUUGCAGCUCACCUCUUUCCAGGCCUACAAGCUACGUGUUACUCACCUUCAUCAGCUCAAGCAACACAGCAUCCUGGUGUCUGUGGGCGAGGAUGAGGAGGGAAUCAACCCGCUUGUAAAGGUUUGGAACCUGGAUAAGCGAGAUGGAGGAAACCCACUUUGUACGAGGAUCUUCCCAGCUAUUCCUGGCAAUAAACCCACUGUGGUAUCUUGCAUUACUGUUCACGAGAACCUAAAUUUCAUGGCCAUAGGCUUUACUGAUGGAAGUGUGGUUUUAACCAAAGGGGAUAUAACACGGGACCGGCACAGUAAGACACACAUUCUGCAGGAGGGCAAUUAUCCCAUCACAGGAAUGGCUUUCAGGCAGUCGGGCAAAACUACCCAUCUCUUUGUAGUAACAACAGAGAGCGUGCGGUGCUAUGAGCUGACCCAGAAGGAUUACCCUUACACAGAAUUGGAUUCUCGCGGUUGUGGUCUACGUUGUUCUUCUCUGUCCGACCCAUCUCAAGACCUACAGUUUGUGGUGGCUGGAAACGACUGUGUCUACUUAUACCAACCGGAUGAGAGGGGACCUUGCUUUGCCUUUGAAGGACAGAAACUGAUUGUGCACUGGUACCGGGGUUAUCUAGUCAUCGUUUCUAGAGACAGGUCAGACUUUGCUGGACGGGUUGCUGAUGCCCAUGGGGCCGAUAGACAGACUCUUACUAUAUAUGACCUAGGGAACAAGCUGAUUGCAUACAGCUGUCCCCUAACAGAAGUUGUGGAUGUGCUGGCGGAGUGGGGAUCUCUGUAUGUGCUCACUCGGGAUGGACUCUUGCAUGCCUUACAUGAGAGGGACACACAGACCAAACUGGAGAUGCUGUUUAAGAAGAAUCUGUACGUCAUGGCAAUUUCUUUGGCAAAGAGUCAGCAUCUGGACAGCGAUGGCCUUUCAGAAAUUUUCCGCCAAUAUGGAGACCAUUUGUACAGCAAGGGUGACCAUGAUGGGGCUAUCCAACAAUAUAUCCGGACGAUUGGAAAGUUAGAGCCUUCUUAUGUGAUCCGUAAGUUUCUAGAUGCCCAGCGGAUACACAAUCUGACUGCUUAUCUUCAGGCGUUGCAUCUUCAGUCUCUGGCUAAUGCUGAUCACACCACACUGCUUCUGAACUGCUACACCAAGCUAAAGGAUAGCGCCCGCCUGGAAGAAUUCAUCAAGGCCAGUGAAGGAGAGGUUCACUUUGACGUGGAGAUAGCAAUUAAGGUUCUUCGGCAGGCUGGGUACCAUUCGCACGCCCUGUAUUUGGCAGAGAAGCAUGCCCACCAUGAGUGGUACCUGAAGAUCCAGCUGGAGGACAUUAAGAACUUCCAAGAAGCUCUGCGUUACAUCGGGCGUCUUCCACUCCCGCAAGCAGAGAGCAACAUGAAAUGUUACGGGAAAACUCUGAUGCAUCAGGUUCCAAACGAGACUACGCGGCUAUUAAAUGACCUAUGUACCGACGUUCCCCAGCAAAUGGAGGGCAGCAAGCCCAAUCCCGAAGAGUUCAUCCCGAUAUUUGCCAAUAAUCCGUGUGAGUUGAAGAAGUUUCUGGAGCACAUGACGCGUGUUCAGAGCGACUCGCCCCAAGGGGUCUAUGACACGCUGCUGGAGUUGCGGCUGCAGAACUGGGCACACGAGAAGGACCCGCAGGUGAAGAAGCAGCUUCAUGAUGACGCAAUCUCCCUGCUGAAAAGUGGCCGCUUCAAGAACGUGUUCGAUAAAGCUCUUGUCUUGUGUCAGAUGCACAACUUUCAGAAUGGAGUGCUGUAUCUGUACGAGCAGGGCAAGCUUUUCCAGCAGAUAAUGCAUUAUCACAUGCAGAACGACCAGUACGAGGAGGUGAUAAAGGCCUGUGAGCGUUACGGCGAACAAGAGAGCUGCCUGUGGGAACAAGCCCUUAGUUACUUUGCACGCAAAGAGGAAGAUUGCAAGGAACACAUUGCCACAGUACUGGGGCACAUUGAAAGUAGAAAUCUCAUGCCACCCCUGCUGGUUGUUCAAACUCUUGCCCACAAUUCUACUGCCACUCUGUCUGUGAUCCGGGAGUAUUUGAUAAGCAAGAUGCAGAAACUGAGUCAGAGGACCGAGGAGGAUGAAAGAACCGUGCGCAAGUACAGAGAAGACACCGCUCGCAUCCGCCGCGAGAUCCAGGAACUGCGCACCAGCCCCAAGAUUUUCCAGAAGACUAAGUGCAGUAUCUGCAGCAGUGCACUCGAGUUGCCAUCUGUGCACUUUUUGUGUGGCCAUUCCUUCCAUCAGCACUGCUUUGAGAGUUAUGCCGAAAAUGACUCCGAAUGCCCAACCUGUCUGCCUGAAAACCGCAAAGUGCUAGAUAUGAUCCGAGCCCAAGAGGAGAAAAAGGAUGUAUAUGAGCAGUUCCAACAUCAGCUGAAAUGCUCGAAUGAUGGAUUCAGUGUUGUUGCGGACUACUUUGGACGGGGUGUCUUCAACAAACUGACCCUGAUCACUGAUGUCCCUGGAAAGAUGAGUGUAUCAAAGGAUUCUGGACUACAAAGGGAUCUUCUGAUUAACACCAAGAGAAAUGUUUAACUGAAACAAGUGAUCACAUAAUGGAUUAUCCACUCAAUCACUAGACAUCGCUCCUAGUCGGAUCGUUUCCUCGUAGCUUUAUUUUUUUUCAUAUCAGGUGGAUGUUGUUGAAACUCUACGAAGAGAAAUGCAUUUUUCAUACUGCGUGUGCAGGGGCUUCCUGGAUAAAGGUGGAGUGUUUGUUGUUGGUCACUUUUGAAGGAAUAAAUUGUACAUAAAUUGUAGUGCUUUCCCCAGCAACACCAGUUGAAGAUUGCAAAAUAUAACUUUCAGUAGCUGUUAAGCACAAGCACUGUAAAAUAUUAAAAAAUCCUGCAAAACUUGCGAAUUAAUAUUUCCCCCUUUUUACAACCUUCAUUUGGUUUGGCCUGUGUUUGUGUAUAUUAAUUUAUAUAAAUAUAUGGCUUCUCACACCAACCAAA